UAUCCAAACUUUGGGGAAGAAAAGGGAUGGGAUGCUGGGCAGAAGUGGGAGGCUGGAUAGGAGUUGGGGCGCCUGGCAGGGGAUCUGGAACUGAGUUUGGGGGUGCAGGGUAGCACUGGAAGGGGUGAGCAGGGGAAGGUGUGUAUGGGUGGAGGGUUGUCAGCUCAAGUGCAGAGCGAGGGUGCCGCAGAAGCUAUGUUCUAGAGGGUGCCCCCAUACACUCCUCCCUACCCUGUGCGUCCGUUGCUCCGGACAUUAACAGAGAUGGAUGUGGUGACAGAGACGUAGUGGCCCCAGGCGCCUCAUCUCUCAGCUGCCGCCUCCGCCCUCGCGACGGAGGGAGUCAGGGCAGCUUGGGGGGGGGCAGUGGUAGAUAAAGGGAUGGUGAGUCUAGAUGGGGAAUAGGAGGCCCCAACAGAAGCAUGAGCAGUGGCACAGAUCUGAACCACGCUGCAGGGAUGGCCUCUGACUCGGACCCUGGCUGGGCAGCUGUCGCCUCGGCUUACCAGCACUUCGAGCCCCGCGCCUACCUCCGCAACAACUACGCUCCUCCUCGUGGGGACCUGAGCAGCCCUGAUGGCGUCGGGCCUUGGAAGCUGCGCUGCAUGGCACAAACCUUUGCCACGGGGGAGGUGUCUGGACAGGCCCUCAUAGACAUUGGUUCAGGCCCCACCAUAUACCAGCUGCUCAGUGCCUGUGCCCACUUUGAGGACAUCACCAUGACGGAUUUCUUGGAGGUCAACCGGCAGGAGCUGGGCCUCUGGCUUCGGGAGGACCCGGGAGCUUUCGACUGGAGUGUAUACAGCCAGCAUGCUUGCCUCAUCGAGGGCAAGGGCGAGUCCUGGCAGGAGAAGGAGCGCCAGCUGAGAGCGAGGGUGAAGCGAGUCCUGCCCAUUGAUGUGCACCAGCCCCAGCCCCUGGGGACUUCAAGCCUGGCACCCCUGCCUGCCGAUGCCCUGGUCUCCGCCUUCUGCCUGGAGGCUGUGAGCCCAGAUCUCGCCAGCUUCCAACGGGCUUUGCAUCACAUCACCACACUGCUGAGGCCUGGGGGUCACCUCCUCCUCAUUGGGGCCCUGGAGGAGUCGUGGUACCUUGCUGGGGAGGCCAGGCUCUCUGUGGUACCAGUGUCGGAGGAGGAGGUGAGGGAGGCCCUGGUCCUUGGCGGUUAUGAGGUCCGAGACCUUCGCACCUACAUCAUGCCUGCCCACCUUCGCACGGGUGUGGAUGACGUCAAGGGCAUCUUCUUUGCCUGGGCUCAGAAGAUGGGGGUGCAGGUGUGAGGGCCCCACAUGCCAGGUGUCCUCAAUUUCCUUAUUAUCUGAAGUGGCACCUAAUAAAGCAACAGUCCCUGC